UGCGAUAAGAGAUAUUUUAUAUGCGAUUAGCUAGAUGCUCGGCGCUACCGUUGUAGUUCUUAAUGCACUUACAACUACAAGUACAGAAAUAGGUAGAAAGCGAAAACGAGUUCCACUGCUGAGACAAUAUAACGGUAAUUCUCAUAUUCUCGUAGGUAUAAUUCUUGGGACUUUUUCUAUUCCUACCAUGGCCAACAUUGCACUGUUGUUGCGCUUGGCGAUCCUCUGUUAUGCCGGCAGUGUUCAGUGUUUUCGCGAGGAAAACCUCAAGACGAGUUGCUUGUACUGCUCGUACGGGAUAUGUGCCGAUGGUCAGAUCCAGAUCUGCGACAUGAUGCUGAAGCGCUGCGUCUGCCCGCCCAUCCGUUCCCCGGCCGAGGAUGGCUGGCGCAAAAAACGGGCAACAACACAAGGUCCAAAGAUCACAACAGAGAGUGAACUAGGCCCACAGAAUUUCGUUUUGCCUACGGAUAAUAUUAGACUGAAAUGCAUGGGCGGUACUGGACAUCUUACGUGGAAGUACGAGAGUGGGCCACUACCCCGAUUUUCCAGGCUAGAGUUUGUUUCUACUCAAAAUGAGACACAGGGGCUUGAACUCGUCAUGCGCCCGAUCGGAGAUAAUGCUGGCGGGUACAGUUGUGUCGAUGAGGUCAACAACAAGGACACGAUUUACAUGAAUGUCAUUAGCAUGGAAUCAUUAUACGAUGAUUCAGUGGUAGGAAACGGAACAGGCGAUGUCACACUGCGCUGCCGACAGCGCUUCAGUCCUCCAUUCCCGUUAAUCUGGGCGUUUCCGAAUCUUACUGAUAUUAUACCAGAAAACUACAGGAAAGGAGACAACCGCGUUAGCGUCACUGCGUUAGAAAACGGCUCCGCGCUACAUCUUCUAGCCGCCAACAGGAGCGGCGCAGUUUUGGGUGGAUAUUCUUGCCGCGUAAAUACCACCGGCUCUAGCCUUCCUGCAUAUACGGUCUCUCAACUGAAGAGCAUCUAUAAAGUUGUGUUAUAUGAAGCGACACCGGAUGUCAGGUUCGAAGGCUCGGAGAGUGUCAUAAAUGGACAGCCGUUUGUUUUGAAAUGCAUCAUAGAGGGCUACAGCACUGAUAGGAUUCGAUUCUUGAAGAUUAAUGAGACGACAAACAAGAAGAUAACACUGUUGGAUAGUCCGAUCUCCACGUUAAAGCUGUGCGAAGACAGCACUGCGGAGUACUGCAUUCGACGGAUCCCAAGUUCGGCUUACAAGUUUAGCCGACAGAAAGUAAGACCGGAAGAAAAUGGCCAGGGAUUUGAAGUAGCAAUCUCACUGCAUAUCAGCGAAAUCAGGGAUAAAGAUCAGAUGCCAGCAAAGGAAAAUGCACAAGCCAGCCGGAAAUCUGGUUCAAUCUACAGCGGCUGCGCAGACAUACCAUAUGUCUGGCUUUUGGAUACACAGUAACUUGUGCAGGGAAUAAGGUUUACAUAACAACAGUUUUCCGGAAAACAUCGAGGCGGUAAUGUUUGCUGGCGCCCAGGGUUGCCUACGGAAUGCGGACCUUGGUCCGCGCUAAACGGCAACGCAGUAGCUUGCAUAAUGUUGUACAUGUGCACGAACAAGAUGAUGGAUGUGCAGACUGCAGACGUACCGAAAUACAUUUCAAGGAAGUGCACUCGCUUUUUGACUGUGCGGCCGAAGCGGAGAGCAAUUCCAUGAUAAAUUCAGGUUACAAAACGCAUUACAUUUAAAACGCUUUAAACGCUUUAAUAAG